UUUUACACGAUUUGUGUUAUUGUAUAAUAUAUAAAAUAAUGAGAAUCGAGAGGUUGAGCAACUGUUGUGGUUCAAGAGGGAAUUUAAGCGCAGUAGACUUUCAGCCAUGCUCAAAGCAUAACACAACACAAAGAAUCGCAACAUCAGGAGGAACGUAUGUACAGAUAUGGUCAUUAUCAAAAAGUGAAGAAGAAAUAUCAUCAAAUCCACUCAAGUGUGUACUGCUGUACACCUUCAAAGAUCACUCUCCUUAUGAUGUUAUGACUGUUAGAUGGUCACCAAACGGCCAAUACCUAGCAAGCACAGAUUCCGGAGGAAUAACAAACAUUUACAGAAGAAAUGAUAAGAAAACAGAUAUAAUGGAAAUGAUUGUCAAAUCGAAAUUAUCAGGUCAACCUUCCGAGAUUCCACAGUCGUUUACUGAAUCAAAGGAAGUUAAGAAAUAUACUGUAAAAUAUGACGGAACAGAUAAGUCUGUUAGCACAAACUCCGGAGUUCCAAGGAUUUCACUCAGCUCUAAAAAUGUCCAAAUUGAGUCCAAGGAGGUAAAGCUGGACAACUUUAACUUGUUAAACCAAGAUAACUUAGAAGGGAAUCUAGAAUCCUGGGAUACCUUUGCAACCUUCUCGUGCCCACAUAACAUGGGCCAGCUGUUCGAUAUUAGCUGGGCGCCAGAUAAUCGCAGCAUCAUAGGGGGAGGCAUGAACGGACAAGUUAUAGUAUUUGAUAUACACACAAAGGAAAUAGUAGCUAAGUUUGACGCCCUGGAAAAGUCAGAAGAUACCUCAUCAGGUAGAGGAUAUAUUAAGAGUGUAUCCUGGGACCCAAUGACCCUCUUUGUAGCAGUACAAAGUAGUAAUAAGCAGAUAUCAAUUUGGAGAAGAUCACCACCACUACCACCAGGCUCACCAAUGAAGUGGACAUUCAAACGAGUGCUGUAUCAGGAUAAUUUCUCAGAAAAAACCAAUACGGAUGUUUUAGGAGGAUCAAGGAUGUCAUGGGCACCAAAUGGUAAGAACGUAGUGUUUCCAAAUUCAUCUUCAAACAACUAUAACUUCUCAACCUGCUUUCAAAUCAACCACAACGUCUCAACGUUCUCUCACAUAUUCAACAAAGUAAACUAUGAUAAAAAUACAGCCCAAUACUACUUUGAUACAUCAGAACACCAAGUAGACUUUGAACCUAUAUUACUGAAGGGACAUAAUACAAGGAUCCGGAACGUUAGAUUCUCAGAAGAUUUGAUGAAACCAAUUAACGAUGUACAAAACAAUGUAAGAUAUUUGUUGUUGGCACAGUCAAGCGAUGAUAACAUGCUGUCAGUCUGGCGGUUCAAGCUCAAUGCCAACUCUAUAGUGGAUGUUGAGUGCUUCUGUGUAAUAAAUAAUUUGUUAGACGAGCAGUCCAGUAUAGAGGAUUUAUCAUGGGGAGAUUUUGGUAGGUCAUUAGCUGUUGCUUCAAGUCAAGGAGGCCUGAUACUAAUACAGUUCACUUAUGAAGAAAUGGGAGUUAAGUUCCAUAGUAAUAGAAUCGUGGGACUGAAUCUUAAUGAAAUGAAACAUCCGUCACCAGAAUUUUUCACCUACUCAGACUACGUUAAUAAGAUUUCAGAUGAGACAUUGGAUUCUCAAAAUACAGGGCUAAACCCGAACUCAAAUAACAAUUUAAACAAUAAAUCUAAAACAUUAAGUGAACUCGCAGAAAAUAAUCAGUUUGAUGUAAAUGAAUGUAUAACUGACUUAAUAUUUAGCUAUAAUAAAAAUCGGAACCACCUUGAUAUUAGUGUGCAAAAUGACAAAACAAAACUUUUGAAUGAUUUUUGUGAAUUUUGCUACAGCAUGUGUAGGUUAUUGUUUUACUAUUAUCGAGCUUAUGUGUAUGCUCUAAGUUGUAAUUACAAUGAAAGUUGUACUUUCCCAUCAAGAAAAAGACCAUUGACACCAUCAGACCUCUAUAACCUAAAGUACUAUCACUGGUUCUACCUGUUUAACUUCACAAUUGAGAGUGAGGCAAAGAUAAGCCAAACUAAAAGAAGAAGUAAGAGUAAAAAACAAAAAACUACUCAAAUAAUUGAAGAAAUGAUAAAUGACGUGUGGCUAGAUAUGGACUACACAUCAGAAAAUGCACUUGUUAGUAAUUACUGGAAUAACGGAGAAUUAACAAUAGAAAUUCCAGUACAAACAGAACAGAACGAGACAAAUCUUAGCCCACUGAAUUCCAACUCAAAAAUUGGAACACCAGUGUCCAAAAAUGAUAGACAAACAAAGAAUCCGUCUAAGUACUCAAGGCCGGAAAAAUCCAAGUUUAAUAAGUCAGAUAGCUCAAACUCCCCUAAUCUUGAUUUGUUCAGAAAGUUUUGUGACCAGAACGGUAUUCUUACAGUUCCUUUAGUCAAGUCGAAAGUGUCAUUUUCAAUCAACUCAAAGAAGAUUUUGGGAAUCAAUUUUUUAAACGUAUCUUCUAGAACAAUGAGCUCGGUCACCUGUGCCAAUGAAUCUGAACUUAAAAUUCUAUGGGUGCAAUAUUUAAAGAGUGGAUACAUAACACACAUGGAUUAUUUCGGAGAUUUGUUAGUAGUUUUAACUCAGAAAAUCGAAGGUGAAUGUAAGGUUCACAUGACAAUAUUGGAUACAAACGAAGGAAGAAAUCACUUGAAUGAACAUGAGUUAGGAAAUGAACCUGUAUGUUUAUUUUAUUUAGUAACAUGGACAGAAACCUAUUUUAUAUUCCUAACAACUACACUGCAACUUACACUACUUAAAUACGGUUUCCCAGACACUCUAACAGUAUUUUCAAACUUUAGCUUAAGCAAUAUCCAACCUGAAGAGAUACUAAAGAUAGGGGUUUUGAAUGCAACUAAAAAUUAUGAAACCAUAUUAGGACAAAAGCUCAAACAUAACGAAGAAUGUUUGUUUAGUACAAAUUUUAAAUGUAAUUGUGAAAAUAUAGUGUCUAUAGUUUACAGAAAAAAUAAAAAAGUAAGUGUCUUUGUAAAAGGGUAUAAUGAGCUUGAAUUUAAUUUUGAUUCUUUGGCGCUAAAUAAUGAUACGAUUGAAGCCGAACUUCCAACAUUCACACUCGAUUCACUAUUUAGAAUGUAUAAGGAGGAUUUUAACAAUGAACUUUUUGGCCACAUACAAUUUGACGGCUCAUUGUCAAGCAUCAUAGAGGCAUUCACCAGUGAUUAUAACCUUAAUAAAGGAAAAGGAAACAAUUUUCCUGAUUUUCAAGAUUUGAAGCUAAGACUGCAGGCUUGCUUGUCAAUAGGCAGUGUCUGGGAGUAUCUGCUGUACCUCUAUGACUACUUUAAGGUGCUAUUCGAGUCAAAGGAGUUGGUAUUAGUGCUGGAACUAACAAGUGAAUUGUAUAAGUUAUUAUUAGGAUAUUUGAAAGGAACCAGUGAGUCCGAAAAGGUUGAAGACUUGGAAAUAUACGAUUUCACAAACUAUUUCAACAUAGCUCCAUACGGCUUACACCUUGUUAGACGAGUUGUAAUUCCGCAGCUGAACUUUAUUUACAAGUUUUUGAACCUAGAUUCGGAUUCAAAUUUACAGAAUUUUGAUGAUCUUUUGGAAAUUAACGGCAAGUGUAAUUGUUUAAAUGUUAAGUUUUUUAAUGACUACUCACCAAGACUAGAUUACGGUCCCGAAGAUGCCGCAUCAUUGUCAGAGAAAUUGGUCAGGUUUUUCAACGACGUUAGAAUGUGGGAGAAUUCACUUGAGUUUUAAUAAUUAAAUUUGUACAAAUUCAACAUACCCACAACUGAUGAUAUUGGUAGUUAUACUCUGUAUAAUAAUUGUUAAAUAUAUAUAGCAAGCA